UCGAAUUUGUAGAGGCAGCAACACACGCACUCCGCAAGUGGGCCUCGCCCUGGUUCUGUAAGCCGCCAUGCCGAAGCUCGCGGUUCUGAAUGAGGCCGACGAGGAAAUUCCGGAAGGAGCCAACUCCGCAGAGGUGGUGGUAGGAAUUGCGGACAUGAUCGGCAUAGAUAUCGUGAAUGAGCCACAGUUUCUUUGGAUUGCAGAAGAAGCCUCGAGAGCUCACAUCCCACCGGAUUGGAAGGAGCUCACAAACGAAGACGGCGAGGUGCUUUACUACCACACACAGGAGAGAAAGCUUCAGAAGGUCCACCCUCUGAUCCUGCGCUACCAGGAGGUGUACUUCAAAGCGCGAAGCUACACGAAGCAGCUGGAGAGUGGCCAGAUUGGAAACUUGCUGGAGCAGACCGACGCGAAGAUGGCAGCGAUCACUGCUUCGGUCAUGGGUCGAGCGUCGAAAGGCCUACCACCAGCAACACCUGAGGUGGUUGAGAGUCUCGCCAGGGUACUUGGUGUGGAAAGCAAGAAAGAGUUCUUCCUCUUUCGCGUUGUGAAGCAGACGAUUGAGGCCUACGUAGAGAAGAAGCUGGACUUGAGCAGCGUCGUACAGGACUUGAAGGAUCCGAUGGAGUUCCUGCGGCAGAUUCGCAAGAAGCAGAAUCAGGUGGACGUCAUCCGAAAGCCCACGACAGUUGUAAUGUGCCAGGAGUGCGAGAACCGUGCCGCGGUGCUCAAGUGCGAGCAGUGCAAGGAUUACUUCUGUCAGGAUUGCUUCAAUAGCACGCACGCCACUGGAAAGCGAAGAGCCCACAUCACAUCUGACGUGGAGCAGCUGGUAUGUGCUGCAUUCGAGGAUCGCGUUGCGACGUGCCAGUGCGUGCAAUGUGGUUUGUUCUACUCCGACGAGGGCUUCAUGCACGUCCAUGCCUGGGAUGCUGCCCGCCCUGACUUGCGCAACCACCUGAAGCGUGUGAUCAAUGGCUUGGUGUGCCUGGAGUGCGAGCACUACAACGCCUCGGUCUUGUGUGAGGACUGCGUGGACCUUUUCUGCACGGAGUGCUUCAUUCGCCUGCACCGCAAGGGCAAGCGCCGUCAGCAUGUACACCUGACGAUCGACAACACGGGCCAGAUCUUCCGGGGUGGCUUUCUGGUGCCCCCGGAGGAAGCGCAGGUGCUGACCGAUCGCGCCAGAUCCACCGUCGAGACGGGGCCCUGGAUCCCCUUCCGCGACGAUGAGCUCAACGUCUACUGGUAUCACCUAGUGGAGAAGAGGUCAGUCUCGCAGAGUCCGGUGGAUCCGGUCACAGGCGUGGAUGCGGCCGUUGGAGUGGACCCACUCCCGGACGAAGAAGCCGGAUGAGGAGCUAGGGGAAUGAGCCGAUUUGAAAUUCGCGCGCUGAGGCCGGAUGUGUCACUCGUCUCACACGCUGAUAUCGUUUCACCGAGAAUUCCUGUCCGCCAACGG